AUGCCGUCGGGCAUCAGCAAGCGCCAGCAGGCGCGGAAUGAAAAGACCCUUGCGGAGCUGAUCCGGACCGUUCCUGGCAAUGACCGAUGUGCCGAUUGUGAUGCCCUGACCCCAGGAUGGGCAAGCUGGAACAUGGGUAUAUUUCUUUGCAUGCGGUGCGCCACUCUGCACCGGAAGCUAGGCACACAUAUCUCCAAGGUCAAGUCAUUGACUAUGGAUACUUGGAAUACAGAGCAGGUGGAUAGCAUGAAAUCGCAUGGAAACAUCCUCAUGAACAAGAUUUACAACCCGAGAGGCGUCAAGCCAUCUAUCCCCACCGAUAUCGACGAAGCCGAUGCAUGCAUGGAGAGGUUUAUCAGACAGAAAUACCAGCACCGUUCCCUGGAAAACGGAAAGCCGAAGCCGCCGAGCCGAGAGGAAUCGAGCUACUCCAACCCCAGAGCUCAGUCGCCCGUGGAAUCGCGAGGACUCAGAGACUACGAUAGAUCUCCAGAGGGAUCCCCUCCCCCUCUUCCACCCAAGUCGGGUAAAUUCUUCAAGUUCGGUCUCCGGUCGUCAUCCUCCACCUCGAACCUCCGCCGAUUCGGUAACAACAAGCCAAAGAUUGCCUCGCCUACUUCGGAUAAUGGAGCUUGGUCACCCCCACCAGUGCCAUCUAGGCGGACGACGGGGCUUGGUGCGCCUGUUGUCGACGUGACAACGGCAUCUUUGGAAUCUAAGAUGGCGGCAUUGCAGGAGAUGGGUUUCACAAACGAUCGACGCAACGAGAUGGUCCUCAGAGGACUCAAUGAGGAUUUGGAUCGGGCCAUCGAAACUCUGGUCAGACUAGGUGAAGGAAGCAACCCAGUCUCGAGGUCCCGGACCCCGCUCGGGACAAGCUCCGGCGCAACGCGCGAGACGAUCUCCAAACCACAGACGGCCAGCCAAACCCUCAAGGUGUCCGACAACUCAUUCCCAGACAUGCCUUCCAACAACCCGUUCGACCGAGUCGUCUCGAACCCCAUCCCGCAACAAUCCCAGACCACUCCAUACAACCCAUUCGAUCAACCGAACGCUGCGCAGGCAUCCACACAGCAGUUGGAAUCUUCCUUCCAAGGCUUGCAGGUUUCUCAGCCAUUAUUCCCUCACUCCACUGGUGGAUAUCCGCACCAGGCAAGCUCUACACAGCAGAAUCCAUACCAGCAAACUUUCACUCCUCCCAUUCAAUCAACAUUCUCUCAGCCACCCUAUGUUGCAUCCCCCCAGCCAAUGGACAACAGCUUUAAUCCAUUCAACCAGCUUGCGCCGACCCAGCAACAGCAGCCUCAAGGCGGACUGGCAACUCAGCCAGCUCCUGGUGCGCUGCAGACGAAUCCAUUCUUCAAUGCCCCGUCACACAGCCAGACCAUGCAGCCACAAGCCCAGCAGAUGGCACCUCCGGCGCCGAACUUCGGUGGUCAAACCCAGCCGCAACACGCCAACACCAUGCCAGCUGUCUCUUCUGCCUCGCCAUUUGGAUCCAAUCCUUUCCAAGGACAGCAGCAACAGCAGCAGCAACAGCAGGCACCAAACACUGCCGCAGGAGCUUACAAUCCCUUCCAGCAGGCGCCGGCAGCAAACCAACAGAGUGGUUCGAGCCUCCCGGGACCAUUCCAGGCGAAUCAACAGCCCCAACAACCGCAACAACUCAUGACCCAGCCCACAGGGAUGAACAAAAACAGCAUUCUUUCAUUGUAUAACAUGGCCCCCACACAACCUAAUAACCCACCUACUUCGCAAUACCAACAACCCCAGUCUCAGCCCCAGGCUGCCACUGGCAUGAAUCCUUUCCCGCAAUCAUCCAACCCAUACGCCUCCACGUUGCAACAUCAGCAGGGCUCUCCUGCCUUCCAGCAAAACCAACCGCAGCAGUUCUUCCAGCAACAGAACCAGCAGCAGCAACAUCAGCAGCAGCAGAACCCUCAACAAAACCAAUCGCAGCAAUUCUUCCAACAAAACCAAUCACAGCAGAAUAACCAACAACAAAAUCAACAACCUGCUCCAACCAACAACCCAUUCUUUGGAAAUAGCUCUCCAGCGCCUCCAAGUGCCCCCACAGGAGCCGGCUCCGGACUUGCCGCCCUAGCAGGUAUCAAUCCCUACCAGCAGCAGCAGCAGCAGCCCCCAGCAUCCGGAGCUGGAGAUGCGAAUGGAGCAGCCAAUACCCCAUCCCUAGGAACAACCACAUCUCCAUUUGGUGGAGCAUCCAGCUCUCCAUUCGGAGCCUCAAACGCUUCCCCAUUCCCAGGCAUGGCACCCCCAUUCGCAAGCACGAACAAGUCUCCCUUCUCCGGCCCACCUCCCACAAACCCCGCUUCCCGCGGAACACACAUGAGCCAGCCGAGCGUUGACGUGAGCGGUCUCCAAAAUGGUCGCCAUAGCCCUGACGCUUUCGCAAGUCUAAGUGCUCGACAUGGCUGA